GACCCGACGGUGCCCCGCGGAGGUGGGGCCAAGGGUGGGGAGCCCAGGGGCGUGCAGAACGUUACCCGCUACCCGCGGGGCGUAAUCUGGGGGCAGAUGGCCAGGUUUUAAGGAGGACUUGGUCUCCAGGUCGGAAAGGAUGUGAGCCUGACUCGGCUGGACAGGCGGACCUGUUGGAAGCAAACUCAUCAGCAGAGCUCGGUCAGCUGUCCGGUUGAAUUUGGUGCCCUGGGAUGUGCCUGGCCUCUCAGAGACCCUGGCAGGUGGAAAGCACUGUAUCGUGUGAUGAGUUUUUGUGUCUCUUCUCCCCAGUGGUUACCUGUGAUGCUGACUUUGGAGGACAGAGACGUGAAGUGGUUCACCUGGGCCGUGGUCUUGACCUCCCUGGGCUACCUGCUUCUGCUGCUGGUCUCCAUCUUCCCCUUCUGGGUGCGUCUUGUGAAGGACGAGUCCCAGGAAGUGUUUUUCAGCGGCCUGUUUGAGAACUGCUUCCAGAUCAAGUGCUGGAAGCCCCGGCCCUUGUCAAUUUACAUCGUCCUCGGCCGCGUGUUCCUGCUGUGCGCCGUCCUCUUCUCCUUCCUCACCGUCUUCGCCAUGGUGUCCUUUGCAUCUGACCUCUUUCCGGGGACCUGGAAGCACAACCUGGUGUCCGCCUUCAUCAGCUUCCUCACAGGGGCCUGUGCCUUCCUGGCCUUGUUGCUGCACGCCCUGGAGAUGCAGAGUCUGAGGAUGAAGCCCAACCCGCCCCACUUCUCCGUGCAGUGGCCAUACUACGCCUUGGGCUUCAGCAUCCUUCUGUUUGUAGCGGCCGGUGCCAUCUGCCUUGUUCGAGAAACAACCUGCCUUUGCUGCCAUUGGUUGCUCAUUCCCCCAAACACUGGGGAGAUCCAGGGGAUCGCUCACCUGGAGAGUCUGGGAGGAGACCUGAGCUCCAUGCAGAAGGAGACACUGCUGAAGGGGGAGACCGCGAUCUAGACCGGGAGAGCCUGGGCUCUGCCCUCCAUCAGGCUGCGUGAGCGCGCGCGUCUCCGUGUAAGUGGCUCCCUGUCUCCGCUGAGCUUGGCCACGUUUGCCAAGGCGCUUGAGGGUCUCACCAAGCCGCCGCGUCCCCAUCCUCACAGCCAUUCUGUCUUGCUUGUGUUUGACAUUUGUUAAAGGUUUUCUGAAUGUUUCAGAGAUUCCUGAGUUCCUUUUUAUUCUAUUGGGUUUUUUUUAGGACAGGCAUCAUCAAUUAAAGGAUGACUACGUCUUCAUCCAGACCUCAGCACCAGCCUGCAGUCUGGGGGCGGGCAGGGGGGAUAGGCACAAUGACCAAGUGACGUGAGCUGCUGUCAAACAAGAACUGAACAGCACAGAACCACAGCAGACGGUGUCUGUGUUCAGGACAUUAAAAGGAAAAGGUGAUGUCCUCAGCCAAAAGCGUGACUCCGCUCGGGAAGCUCUGCUCACGUGUGUUGGCGGGAAGGGGGUGGUUAGAGGUGAAAGCUUCCCCAAGGCUGAGCUCCCAGGCCUGGCAGUGUGAGCCCAUACGCUGGGGAAAGAGUAGGCAAGUCAGCCGGUCGACAUACCAGCAACCCAUCCUUUCCCUGGAGCCAGAGGGCUUCUGUGGGCACCUCUAAAGUGCCCCCCUUCGCAGUCCUGAAGGAGCUUUCAGACUGCGUAUAGCUGGGAGGUACCCAUGCUUUGGGGCAGUGGAGAGGCUGGAACUCCCUGGCCUCAUACCCACCCUUCAUCUCAACAAUGCUGAGUAACUGCGCCUCCCCAUUUUCCUUUCUAAAGAACGUGCAUAGGGAGUUCCCAUCAUGGUGCAGCUGAAAUGAAUCCGACUAGGAACCAUGAGGUUGCAGGUUCGAUCCCUGGCCUCACUCAGUGGGUUAAGGAUCUGGCAUUGCCGUGAGCUGUGGUAUAGGCCCGCAGCUAUAGCUCCAAUUAGGCCCCUAGCCUGGGAAACUCCAUAUGCCACAGGUGUGGCCCUAAAAAGCCAAAAAAAAAAAAAAGAAAAAAGAAGAGAAAAAAAAGGUUGGCCUUGUGCAGUACACCAUGGGGUGUGUGAGGUAUCAAAAUCACUUUCUGUGCUCCGGAGGCUCACACCCAAGCAGAAAAGCUAAGCAGAAACUCCCCGAAAACAAGCGCUAAGUGUUUUA